CCAUACAAAGAUGAAUGUUGUUAAUGACGAACCUGUUGAACCACCGAGAUCUUGGGAGAUGGUUAUCACUGCUGCUCAUGUUCAAGGCAGAGGAGUUUUGCAUUUUCCCCGCAGUAUUGUGACUAACUAUUUGCCACAUCACCAACAUGGUAUUGUGAUGGUUUUAGACAACUCAAACAUUUCAGUCAAUUGUAGUAUAAAAACAACACCAAGGAAUAGGAAUGAGAAGUAUCUAUCUCAAGAGUGGAUUGCAUUUCUCAAUCAAGCUAAUAUCAAUGUCGGCCGCAGAAUUAAGUUAACUAUUUCAGAUCCACCCGGAGUUUUGAGCGUUGGCCUCAUCAAUUAAAAUGCACAAUUCUAUGAUGGUCAUUUUGUUUAAUUGCGCUCAUUUUAAAAACCAUGUAGUGUUUUAUAUUUUGUUUACUAUGAGUUUCAACUUUUAUUUUAAAAACCAUGUGUUGUUUGUAUUGGUUGAGCUGUAUAAUUAUUUUCUACUUAAUCUAAUGACAAAGAAGUAAUAUUUUUAUUUGCUCGAUA